AUGUUUGAUCUAAUCACCGCAUUCACAAUAUUCGCCCUCGUGUUAGGGGGACGAGCAGUCUUGGCUUCGCAAAGGUCCCCUGGUUUGAGUAGAGGACAGAAGAUUGCUUCUUUUCUUGCUCUUAUCCUCUAUCUCUGUGGUGUCAGUCUUUUUAUGUGGGCACUUAUAUGGCGAGGUCUUAUAUGCUUGAAGAACGAACCGUUGGGACCUAUCUUGGCACAGAUCAAGGAGCUCCAUGCUAGCCUUGGUAGCGCUUCUAGCAUCCUUUUGUUGGUCUCUGCAGGUCUCUUCUUUCUCGGGCUUUGCUUAAAACUGGCAGUAUUUAUGAAGCGAUGUAGCAUGCCCCAGAAGGCGUUAGACGGCCGCAAACCGGCCGAGAGCUUUGGUGACAAGCAAUAA